CAUCAGUGCCCGCAAUCUGCGCUCCAUAGCGUGCUGCUUCCCCCAACUCCAGAUGCGCCUCUGGUCCUCAGUCUUGGGUGUCUAUCAGCGUCGAGGCGACACCUUCGCGCCCGCCGCCUUGCUCACCGAGCCCCAGGACCAGUGUGGCAGUUCUCAACGAUGGGUAGGAGGGACCUUGGCGGCGACCCCUAAAACAAUACCAUGCCCCGGGAUCCCUGCUGCUGCCGAGCCAGCUUCUUCCCUUUCCACCUCCCUGACCCUGUCGGAUUCGGAUGAGCCCAUUUCUAGGAGGAGACGCGGUCGACAGGUAAAGGGACAGCUGUGUCAGAUUGCCGAUUGUGCUUAAUUAAGACAUCCGUAGGCUGAUCCAUGCUGUCCUGAUCUACAACAGAAGUGAGUUCUGCCUACUGUGUUGGCACUGCUGAUAACUUGUCAUCACCCAUUGCCUGUGUGGAAAUUCUCCCUAUUGAAUUUUUUGCACAUGGAGGACAACAGCAAAGAGGGCAACACAGGCUGAUCAGAUCAGAGACAUCAGGAAGAUUAUUUUACUGCAUGCCCUCAGGGCAUUUCCUCUAGCUGGAGUUCUGGACUUUGUCAGAACCCUGUCCAAUCAUUUUGAUUUUACUAUCUGUUUUUUGUUUUUGUUUUUGUUUUUUUUUAAUUUUCCCCAUCACAUUGUGUUGUAUUUCUGUACUUCAGAAAUGGGCCUACAGACCACAAUGUGGCCCAGGCAUGGGGCUUUUUUUCUGAAAUCUUGGCUUCUUAUUUCCUUGGGGCUCUACUCACAAGUAUCAAAACUCCUGGCCUGCCCUAGUGUGUGCCGUUGUGAUAGGAACUUUGUCUACUGUAAUGAGCGAAGCUUGACCUCAGUGCCUCUUGGGAUCCCGGAGGGCGUAACCGUACUCUACCUCCACAACAACCAAAUUAAUAAUGCUGGAUUUCCUGCAGAGCUGCACAAUGUAAAGUCAGUGCACACGGUCUACCUUUAUGGCAACCAACUGGAUGAAUUCCCCAUGAACCUUCCCAAGAACGUCAGAGUCCUCCACUUGCAGGAAAACAAUAUCCAGACCAUCUCCCGGGCUGCUCUCGCCCAGCUCCUGAAGCUGGAAGAGCUGCACUUGGAUGACAACUCCAUAUCCACAGUGGGGGUGGAAGACGGGGCUUUCCGGGAGGCCAUCAGCCUCAAAUUAUUGUUUUUGUCUAAGAACCACCUGAGCAGUGUGCCUGUUGGGCUUCCCGUAGACUUGCAAGAGCUGAGAGUGGAUGAAAACCGAAUUGCCGUCAUAUCGGACAUGGCCUUUCAGAACCUCACAAGCUUGGAGCGUCUGAUUGUGGACGGGAAUCUCCUGACCAACAAGGGCAUUGCUGAAGGCACCUUCAGUCAUCUCACCAAGCUCAAGGAGUUUUCAAUUGUCCGUAAUUCACUCUCCCACCCCCCUCUCGAUCUCCCAGGUACACAUCUGAUCAGGCUGUAUCUGCAGGACAACCAAAUAAACCACAUCCCUUUGACGGCCUUCUCAAACCUCCGUAAGCUGGAAAGGCUGGAUAUAUCCAACAAUCAACUGCGAAUGUUGACUCAAGGGGUCUUUGAUAACCUCUCCAACCUGAAGCAGCUCACUGCUCGGAAUAACCCUUGGUUUUGUGAUUGCAGUAUUAAAUGGGUCACAGAAUGGCUCAAAUAUAUCCCCUCCUCUCUCAAUGUGCGAGGUUUCAUGUGCCAGGGUCCUGAGCAGGUCCGUGGGAUGGCUGUCAGGGAGUUGAAUAUGAAUCUUUUGUCAUGUCCGACUACGACCCCUGGCCUGCCUCUUUUUACCGCAGCCCCAAGUACACUUUCUCCAUCAACUCAGCUUCCCACUCUUUCUGUUCCAACCCCCAGUAGAGGUUAUACGCCUCCACCUCCUACCACAUCAACACUCCCCACCGUUCCUGACUGGGAUGGGAGGGAAAGAGUGACCCCGCCUAUUUCUGACCGGAUCCAGCUUUCUGUCCAUUUUGUGAACGAUACUUCAAUUCAGGUCAGCUGGCUCUCUCUCUUUACUGUGAUGGCGUACAAACUCACAUGGGUGAAAAUGGGCCAUAGUCUGGUAGGUGGUAUCGUUCAGGAACGCAUAGUAAGUGGUGAGAAGCAACAUCUGAGCCUGGUUAAUUUAGAGCCUAGAUCCACCUACCGGAUUUGUUUAGUGCCCCUGGAUGCAUUUAACUACCGCACUGUAGAAGAUACCAUCUGCUCCGAGGCCACCACCCAUGCCUCCUAUUUGAACAAUGGCAGCAACACUGCAUCCAGCCAUGAGCAGACAACCUCCCACAGCCUGGGUUCCCCCUUUCUGCUGGCAGGCCUGAUUGGGGGUGCAGUGAUAUUUGUGCUCGUGGUCUUGCUCAGUGUCUUUUGCUGGCACAUGCACAAAAAGGGGCGCUACACCUCCCAGAAGUGGAAAUACAACCGGGGCCGGCGGAAAGAUGACUAUUGUGAGGCAGGCACUAAGAAGGACAACUCCAUCUUGGAGAUGACAGAAACCAGUUUUCAGAUUGUCUCCUUAAAUAAUGAUCAGCUCCUUAAAGGAGAUUUCAGACUGCAACCCAUUUACACCCCAAAUGGGGGCAUUAAUUACACAGACUGCCAUAUCCCCAACAACAUGCGAUACUGCAGCAGCAGUGUGCCAGACCUGGAGCACUGCCAUACGUAACAGCUAGAGGCCCAGUGUUGUAGUGGCGGACAACCGAACGCUUGAGAACACAUACGUAUGUGCACAUAAAGACACGCAAAUUACAUUUGAUAAAUGUUACACAGAUGCAUUUGUGCAUUUGAAUACUCUGUAAUUUAUACGGUGUACUAUAUAAUGGGAUUUAAAAAAAAGUGCUAUCUUUUCUAUUUCAAGUUAAUUACAAACAGUUUUGUAACUCUUUGCUUUUUAAA